AUGUAUGCACGAGUGAAACUAUGUGAAAAAAAAAGGACAAUAAAGAAAUUAUUUGCUCGAUCGUGCUCGAAUAAUCUGUAUCAGAUGGACAGUACCAAACCCAAGCCUUUCGAAAACAUUCCAGGGCCGAGAGCCUUACCUGUUAUUGGAACGUUAUACAAGUAUCUGCCUUUUAUCGGUGAAUACAAUUUCACGAAGCUGCACAUAAACGGCUUAUUAAAACUGAAACGUUAUGGACCUUUGGUACGUGAGGAAAUAGUAUCAGGUCAACCAAUCGUGUGGGUAUUCCGACCAGAAGAUAUCGCGGAAGUUUUCAAAGCUGAGAUGGGUCUGCAUCCUAAGAGAAGAUCACACUUGGCUCUUCUCAAGUAUCGAAAAGAUAGAAGCAAUAUCUAUAAGAGCGGGGGUCUUUUACCAACAAAUGGCAUCGAGUGGUGGAGGCUGCGUCGCGAAUUUCAGAAGGUCCUUAGUAAACCAUGUAAUAUUAUCGAUUACCUGGAAGAUACUGACGCAGUUGUCCAAGAGUUCGUGCAGAUCUGCUCCCGCGAAAAAUCAAACGAUUUCUUACCUUUAUUUUCACGUCUUUUUCUUGAACUGAUUUGCCUUGUGACUUUUGAUGUAAGGAUGGGAAGUUUAUCGGAAGAAGAAAAACAUCCACAUUCCAGAAGUUCAAGGAUGAUAAAAGCAGCUCUUAUAUCAAAUAGCGUUACUUUAAAAUUAGAUAACGGUCUAAUGCUUUGGCGAUUUUUUGAAACACCAUUAUAUCGACAAUUGCGUAAGGCGCAGAAUUAUAUGGAGGAAAUAGCGUUGGAAAUGCUUACUCAGAGAAAUCGAAAUGGAUUAAUGUAUAGAAAACAAUCUCUUCUUGAUGAAUAUUUAAAAAAUGAAAAUUUAGAUAUCAAAGAUAUCGUAGAACUGGCAGUUGAUAUGUUGCUCGCUGGUGUAGAUACUACGACAUACAGCAUGUCGUUCGUCUUGUAUCAUCUUGCAAGAAAUGCAAGUAUCCAAGAAAAAUUAAGAUUAGAAGCUACAAAUUUGUUAAAGGAUCCUACAUCACCUAUAACGGCAGAAAUUAUAAGGAAUGCUAAAUAUACUAAAGCUGUAUUAAAAGAAACUUUCAGGUUAAAUCCUCUCUCUGUAGGAAUAGGUCGUAUCCUGCAAACUGAUGUAGUCCUGAGCGGAUAUCACGUUCCUAAAGGAACUGUGAUUGUGACACAAAAUCAAGUGAUUGGUCGACUUCCCGAGUAUUUCGACGAACCAAAUUUAUUCAGACCAGAGAGAUGGUUACGUGAUAAUAAUGACGGAGUAAACAAGUGGAGAGAAAAGUUUGUCAAUCCGUAUACUGUAUUGCCUUUUGGCUAUGGUCCACGAUCGUGUAUCGCAAGACGAUUCGCUGAACAAAAUUUGCAAGUUAUCUUACUCCGGAUCUGCAGAAAUCUACGGUUUACAUGGUGUGGAGAAUCUCUUGAUUCGAUUUCGUUGUUAAUCAAUAAACCUGACGGACCUAUUAAAUUGAGAUUCGAAAAUCUACAUGCAUAAAAAAAAUAAGUCAUUGAGACUAUGGCAAUAGAUAACUCUUAGAAACAUUGUAUUAGAAAACGUUUAUUAUAUUCUACUUGAGAAUAAAAUUGUUUCUUAAUUAAUUCAAUACAUA